AUGGGCGACAUCUCCAGAGUCCAUACCACAAUCACACUUUCAAGCUUGAAUCCAGAAGAAGCAAUACCAUCGAAAUUCAGGCAAACAAAAUCAACCUACAAGAUGGAUUCAUCAACUAUCGCAUUCAAGAAUAUGUCACUGUCUGACGCAAAAGUUCUUAAGUUAUCAUAUCUCUCCACCAUUCCAAAUGAGAUAUUCGACACGAUUAUGGCCGAAGCCGAGAUCCAAGAACCUCGAAAUGUUACUGUUAGAUGCAAGAGAUCCACAUGUCGUAUCUCACUUGGCCCACCGCAGAGGCUACACACACUCUGUCCCAUCAUGGAACAGGAGUGGAAAUCAGAGGCCUUCUACACACUCUGCGAAGUUUUGAAAAUUAUCAAAGUGUGCAGGAUUGCUAUUGGCGAUUGCACACAUGCCGAGGAUGCUCUGAAGAGUCAAUGGGGAUCCUUCUGCAGUAUGAAAAACAUAGAAAAUUGGAGUUCAAGCUUCAAAGAAAUCAUAAUGUACACAACGAAACGAAGCUUCGACGAGCAUUAUAGACCAAACUUUGCUCCAUGGGAAAGCAGCAGAAUAACUCUAAAUGCUCAAGAUAUGGCGGACGAAGAGGCCAAGCGUAAUGGCGAAGAAAGGACAAUGGUGGAAGGGAUUCCGGCCUGGUUUUUUGAAAAGACAGCUAAGGCAGACCUUGAUUUAGAAAUUAUGGUAGAGGCUGGAUCUCUUGAUCCUGAGAUUGGAGAGGAUGAAAAUGGUGGAGAUGGCAAUGUCGGCGACGAGAAUGAUGUAGGCCAUGACGAGGAUGAAGACGAGGAGCUUGAGCCAGACGAGGGCAUCGAAAAUGAAAACAGUGAUGACUACUUCACCGAUUAG